GUUUAUAUUUUUAUACGCAGGUUUGGGAUUGAGGCAAUAAUUUGAAGCGCACUUAUUCUGAUUCAACAAGCAUGAAUAGCUGCCUAUGCAAACGUAGCUUGGAAUGUAGAGUUGUAGCACGAUAGGAUACGUUAAUGGAGAGCUGUGUAAAUGUAAAAUCGAAUCUACGAAAAUAAACCUUAAAUAGCGUAUGCUGGCAAUGUAAUUGUUGUUGAGUCAUCAAGUUACCAAAAUAGAGCAGCAUUUAAUCAGCAGCAGCAGUAGCCUUGGGCUUGGUGAAGUGUGCUAACCACUAAAGCUACAGCAAAUUUUCAAAGUGGUGGUGCAAUGGAGGACUACAAAUUCCUAUUUAAAAUUGUGCUGGUGGGCAAUGCGGGCGUUGGUAAGACCUGUCUGGUGCGGCGUUUCACCCAAGGCCUAUUCCCUCCGGGCCAGGGCGCGACAAUUGGUGUGGACUUCAUGAUUAAGACAGUGGAGGUGGAGGGCGAAAAGAUAAAAUUACAAAUCUGGGAUACUGCGGGACAGGAGCGCUUCCGUUCAAUAACACAAAGUUACUAUAGAUCUGCACACGCACUCAUACUCGUUUACGAUAUCAGUUGUCAGCCAACGUUUGACUGUCUGCCCGACUGGUUGCGCGAAAUUCAGGAGUACGCCAACAUAAAGGUUCUCAAAAUUCUCGUGGGCAAUAAGACGGAUCGACAUGAUCGUGAAAUACCCACGGAAGUGGGACAUUACUUUGCCAAACAACAUGAAAUGUACUUUCUAGAGACCUCCGCGAAAGAAGCGGAGAACGUAGAGAGGCUUUUUUAUGAGAUAGCCGCUGAACUCAUCGAUCAGGCGCGCAGCAAAGACGGUAGCAGCGCAGCCACGACGGCGGCACAGCGGCAGACCGACAGCGGCUCCAUAGGACUAGGAUUCAGCAGCCUAAGUGCAAAGGCCGCGCAAAGCAAUUGUUGCAGCGGCCUUGGCCUUGGCAACAAUGACAAUGCCUCUGGCACCGUUGGCAGCAACAAUACUAGUCAAGGAGGCUGAGGGACGUCCUGACACUUUCCAAUGCCCACUACACUUCCCGGGGUAUUCGCCGCUACAUGACUAUGGAUGCUACAAAUGUGUGUUAUUACUCGGCAUUGAAUGUAUUUGUAAUUCAAAGUGCGCGCUAGUGUUGUGUUAGUAUAUGCCUGAUUUAAGUAAUCUUAUUAUAAACAUUAUCGGAUACUGAAACGGAAAACGAAAGUACAUCACAUUUCUGCUUGGAAAUUAUCCAUAAUUAGUAACUACACACUGAUAUUAACAAUAUUGUACAAUGCACAUUUACGGUUGAUUUAUUUGCAGAGAAGGAAAAGUAUUUUGUAUUUUAUA